GCCAUCGUUACAGACAUCUGAAAUAUCAAAUAAGAAGGAAGAAGCGUUACGCUGAAUUAAUGGCGAGUAGCAGCAGCGCAGUGGCAAGAGAGGGUUAAGCGAUAAAGCCUUCUGUUGUUGAUCAUUACGGUUUGAGGCUUGUGGUCUCCAUUUCAACAGAGGUGUCUUGAUUCAUUCUGAUUUCAGCAGGUCUCUUGCCCCCAACGAAGUUGCCUACUCCUCUCCUCAGGUCUCUUGCCCUCAAUGCUCGCUCAACCAACUCAUCCUCUCCUCCUCUCCCAGGUCUCUUGCCCUCAUCUCCGCCAUUGCUGCAAACUUGGAGCUCAGAGAAAGCUAUAGUCUCUUGCCCUCAUCGCCCCAUUGCUGCAAGCUUAGAGCUCAGAGAAAACUAUGGGAUGGGAUCAAAAGGGGGAACGUCUCCAGCUAAUUUGAGAUGCCCCCACUGUGCAGGUCCUCUCACUAAAGACCUGGAAUCUAGCACUUGGACUAUGGCCCCCUUCAUUAGAGAUAGUUUUUCGAUGAUUGGUACAGCUGUUGGAGGGACUGCAAGUGCAUUCUAUGGGUUCAAUCAUGCGAUGCCUAUCGUACAAAAAUGGAUUAAAGGGCCUAUGUGGGUGCAUUUCCUUGUUGGCGCCCCACCAGUAAUACUCUUCUCUUCGACUUGUGCUGGACUUGCAGGUGCAUGGUUGCUUGGGUUAUGCAGGUGGUGCGGUACCAGCUUUAGCACAGCUUGCUGCUUCCUCUUAUCAUACGGCUGUCUCGUCUCCAUUGCCGCCUUCUUGCCGGGACAAUGAAGAUGCCAACAAAUCGACUUUUACUCAUUGAGAGAGAGAGUACUCUUAUUGAGAGAGAGUAUAUAAACAUGAGAAUAUUUUUAUGAGGAUGAGGUAUUCUUGAGACAGUGCAUGAAAUUGCCUGAUCUGGCGUAGGAAUUGGUCGUUCUAUUCUGGUUCUGUGUUUGUAUAGAAAAACGGUCGAGUCUAGAAGGGAACAGACAGUUUUGUACAGUAAAACGACAACUCAAUAGUAAAAUAGCGAUCAGGAUCGUAGAUGCAUCUAUUCAGAGUAGUUUUUGGCAUGUUCAGUGUUUUUUUUACGGUUCAAUAUUUUUUCCACAUGGUAAAACGGUGAUUCGAGCUGUCGAUUCAUUCACCAAUCUGUUCUUUUAAUCAUUUGUUGGGACUUGUAUAUUUCGUGUCUUUUGUACCACUACUGUUGGAUUAUACCGACUCUUUUUAAUAAAAGCCAAUUUAGGAUUUA